GUACUUUGCUGCCAAUAACUUAACGGUGACGUCAACUCCUUCAACUUACCACCCACUUGUUGUUCCUUUCAUUGCGCGACCGAACAAAACAAACACAAUUCCAGUAACCCACGGCGGAACUCAACUGUUUCCGAACGCAGCUCAAAAAGCAAACGUCGUUCAUCAACACGUCAGUCUGGCUUCAGUGUUCGACGGCUUCGGCAUUCGGUAGCGAAAAUGGCUCAUCCCAUGGACGAGUUUUGUGGUUCCACAUUCUGGGAUCUUAAUGUAACAUGGAACACGGAAGAUCCGGACCUGACCCCGUGCUUCCAGCAAACGGUGCUAGUGUGGGCUCCGUGCGCGUUCCUCUGGCUGUUUGCCAUCAUCGAACUCAAUUACCUGCGCAACAGCCAGAACCGCAACAUACCAUGGAGUGUGGUGAACAUCUCAAAACUGGCCGUUAUCAGCGUUUUAGUCGCGUUGACCAUUGUCGAUCUCGUGAAAGCAAUCUCAGCCGAAGUUGCGGUUGCUCCGGUUUACUACUACACGCCUGUGAUUAAAAUUGCCACAUUUGUAUUCUGCGGUGGUCUUGUGUAUCUCAAUAAGUUUUACGGAAUGCAAACAUCGGGUCUGUUGUUUCUUUUCUGGGUGCUAUUCACACUGUGUAGUAUACCAAGAUGUCGGACGGAGUUCAGGCAACACGACAAUCGCCUAGAGAGAAAUUCCUGGGAGCAAUAUCAUUUCGUCAGUUUUAUAAUCUUCUUUGUGUGCAGUUGCAUCAUGUUGGUGCUGAACUUUUUCGCCGACAAACCUCCUCAGAAAACUAAGUACGAAAAAACAGACAAAGACUGUCCUGAACUUUCGGCUACAUUUCCCUCAAGACUUGUUUUCGGUUGGUUUGAUCGAUUGGCUUGGACAGGAUUCCGGAAACCUCUGGAGAAUGACGAUUUGUGGAACAUGAAACCCGAGGACGCAUCUAAAGAGGUCGCCCCAUUGUUCUUAAAAUACUGGAAUAAAACCUUGGAAAAGACCUACAAAACGCGGGAUAUGAAUGAUGUUCUAAGCUCUGCUAGUUAUAAAAAAGUUUCCUCGCGAGUGGACUUCAAAACCAUCAAAACGAAAAAGAUUGCAUCAAUUCUGCCAGCACUAAUUAAGGCAUUUGGCCCAACAUUUGCUUUUGGAUCAUUCCUUAAACUUUUCCAAGAUCUGCUAACCUUUGCAUCGCCACAAAUUCUUCGGUUGAUUAUCAAUUUUGUUAGUGGUGAAGAACCACUUUGGAGAGGUAUAUUCUACACCAUCUUGCUGUUCCUGGUAGCUUCAGUCCAGACGCUGCUUUUGGCCCAGUAUUUUAACCGGAUGUUCUUCGUUGGAUUGAGAAUUCGGACAGCUUUGAUAAGCGCCAUCUAUCGGAAAGCGUUGAUAAUUUCUAACAGCGCUCGCAAAGGCUCUACGGUCGGAGAAAUAGUUAAUCUUAUGGCGGUCGAUGCUCAACGUUUCAUGGAUCUUACUACGUACAUCAACAUGCUAUGGAGUGCUCCGUUGCAAAUUGGAUUGGCUUUGUUCUUCUUGUGGGAUAUUCUAGGACCAUCCGUGCUAGCUGGCUUGGCUGUUAUGAUUAUUUUAAUCCCAGUCAACGGAGUCAUUGCAAACAAAGUGAAGACCCUUCAAAUCAAGCAAAUGAAAAACAAGGACGAGCGAGUCAAACUUAUGAAUGAAGUGCUUAGCGGAAUUAAGGUUCUGAAGUUAUACGCAUGGGAGCCGAGUUUCGAACAACAAAUUCUCAAAAUUCGAGACAAGGAAGUAAAAGUUCUAAAGUCCGCAGCCUACCUCAAUGCAGGAACGUCUUUUAUUUGGUCUUGUGCUCCUUUCCUGGUUUCGCUUAUCACGUUUGCUGUGCACGUUCUAUCUGACGAGAAGAACGUACUAACGCCAGUUAAGGCUUUCGUAUGCCUCACAUUGUUCGAUAUUUUAAAACUUCCGCUGGUGCUUCUGCCCAUGCUGAUCGUUUACAUCGUCGAGACAAGCGUGUCCGUCAAACGUAUCAACAAAUUUUUGAACCAAGAAGAGCUUGAUCCCGAUAAUGUUACCCACGAUGAGAAAGAAUCUUGUCCGCUACUGAUCGAAAAUGGUGUAUUUUCCUGGGGAGGUGACGAGACAACUUUGAAGAACAUCAACAUGAAAGUGCCGAAAAACGAGCUGGCAGCAAUCGUUGGGACAGUCGGAUCUGGCAAGAGCUCGGUCCUCUCGGCAUUCCUUGGCGAGAUGGAUAAGAUUUCCGGUCGGGUGAAUACCGUGGGUAAAAUUGCUUACGUGAGUCAACAAGCUUGGAUCCAGAACGCAACCCUUAGGGAUAACAUUUUGUUUGGCAAAGAGCUCGAUACCAAGUUAUACAAUAAAGUUUUGGCUGCUUGUGCUCUCAAACCCGAUAUCGAAAUGCUUCCCGGUGGUGAUCAAACGGAAAUCGGCGAGAAGGGAAUCAAUCUUUCUGGAGGACAAAAGCAACGUGUUUCUCUGGCGCGAGCUGUAUACAACGAUGCCGAUAUUUACUUUUUGGACGAUCCCCUCAGUGCCGUUGAUUCGCACGUUGGAAAACACAUAUUUGAGCAAGUUCUUGGGCCCAGUGGAUUGCUUGCCAAGAAAACUCGAGUACUGGUGACUCAUGGCAUUACAUACCUGCCAAACACCAAUAUCAUAUAUGUGAUGAAGGAAGGUGAAAUUUCGGAAUCCGGUUCUUAUCAAGAGCUGAUGGACAAAAAGGGUGCCUUUGCCGAAUUCCUUAUUCAACAUUUACAAGAAGUUGGAGACGAGGAAGAAGACAUUGACGAGAUCAAGGCCCAGUUAGAGUCAUCCGGAAUGGCAAAUGAAGAGCUGAAACAUAAAUUAGAACGGGCCAUCAGUAAACGAUCACGUAGCGGUAGCACUUCGGAAACAGGCUCAGCAAGUGAAUCGUUUUCUCGACAGGUGUCGGAAAUGAGCGGCAGCAAUACCAGCCUGAGGAAGCGGACGCCGGAAAAGAAACCAACGGAGAAUGCCCAGAAGAAUAAACUAAUCGAACAAGAAAAAUCGGAAACUGGAAGUGUGAAAUGGGAAGUCUACAAGCAUUAUUUGAAAAGCAUUGGAUUGACACUGUCCGUUGCAACAGUGGUAUUGAAUAUGAUUUUCCAAAGUUUCUCGAUUGGUUCAAAUCUUUGGUUGUCUAAGUGGUCGACUGAUAAGGAAGCGGAAAACGAUACCAGUGUGCGCGAUCUCUACUUGGGCGUUUAUGGAGCAUUUGGUGCUGGGCAAGUUCUGGCAACAUUUGCGGCGUCUAUUGCGUUUGCUCUUGGGGCGCUGCAGGCCUCCAAGGAGAUGCACAUCAUCCUGUUGCGCUUUGUUCUGCGCUGGCCGAUGGAAAUGUUCGACACGACUCCCCUGGGGCGAGUGUUGAACCGCUUCGCCAAAGACGUCGACGUCAUCGAUAACACGUUGCCCCAGGUGGUGCGGUCCUGUCUCGCCAUGAUCUUUGCGGUAACUGUCCAUUAUGUGUUGUUUUUUUCUAAGAUUUUUUUACUGGUUUUAGUAGAUUUUCUUGGUAGUAAAAAUACAUCAGGGUAAGUGGUCAUCAGGGUCUGAGAUCACUGCGGUCAGCCUUGUUGGAUCAGGAGGACACUGGUCGGAUCGUUUGACAAAAUUAUCCAAAAUUCAAAAGUGUUUUCUUUCUUAUUGAUUGUCCUUUAAUAAGAUAAUUCAACAAUGUGAGGCUUAUUUUUGGUUCAUUUGCCCACAAAAUUCGUGCAUAUUAUUACUAAUUAAACAAAAAAAAACAAAAUUAGCCCGCUACAUUUUCAAUCCACAACUGCUGCAAUACCCUCGAAUAAGCUUAUUGGUGUAAAGUGUCUUACUUAAAUUAAAUAAUUGGAAAUACUGCUGCAAUACUAUGGAAAUCUAUAGAAUACAUAUUGCAGCGUCAAACAAUCCAUCUAAUAGGAAAGAAUGAGUAUGAUGUAUUAUAUGCAUAUCUACGUAGAUUAUUUGCGUAGACAUGCAUAUCAGCACGAUCACGUCAUACAGCACUAGUAAUUUUGUGAAUGAAAAUGAUGAAAAGGAGGGAUCCUAAGUGACUCCCUUAUGGUACGCCGUUGUUAAUUUAGAGUACCUUAGAUCUUACAACACUUUUUUGGCUUGAAACCCCAAUCGAAGCCUUUUUGCUCCGGUGUAGAUAAGGGUACAUUUUAUCGAUUUUUUCCAGAACAUGAUUAUUCCGGAAAGAGCUUCGUUGGCCAAGUGGGUCAUGGUUUGGCCAUCCAUGAUCAAGAGCAAUCUUACGACCGGCAGACAUCGCCUUCAGCAUCCGCAACCAGAAACAAUUAAUUCUUUAAUCUCAACCCAGCUCCAAAUUAUAUGUUUCUACUGAGAAUUUUUACAAAAUUAUGCAGCAUUUCCUAUGGCUUCCAGACCAACUUUGAGGAACUGCGCUUAAUGGAUUCACAAAAUUCAUAAAUUUUCAAAAUUUAUAUUAAGCGAUACAAAAAAAAAAUUAGAACAACAUCCUUAUUUUUUAUCCUUUUGUAAAGGGUGUUCGGAUCAAAAAGUGGUCAAACUAAAUUAAGUGUAAAUCGAUUAUUUGUUCAUUAAAAAAUCUAAGUAUCUUUCAUUUUGAAAUUCACUAUGUAUAAAAGACGGAAAAAAUAUUCAGUUAAGAUUCCGGUCGAUCUAGUUCAAAUUGGCGAGACUUUCGUUUGACGCCUGUCAUAAGAUUUUGUACAGUCACCUUAUUCACUUUCUUCGGCGCAGAACGCCAGUUUGCUUCGAACUACUUCUCGCUGCUUAUAGUUUUUUUUGGAUCUUCUUACGGUUUUGCUUAACGAUCUUCCAAUAUUUUUCGACUGGGAGAAGUUCUGGUGUGUUGGGAGAGUUCUUAUCCUUAGGCACAACGUGAAUGUUGCUAGCGGCAUACCACUCCAUGGCCUUUUUACCAAAAUGGCAGGGUGCCAAAUCUUACCAAAACAGCACAGACAAGUCAUGUUUCUUCAGAAAAGGCAAAAAACGCUUUUGGAGACACUUUUUUACGUAAAUUUCCUGGUUGACAGUCCCGGCUGCAACAAAAAUGUCGCUUUACUAGCCUCAGGUACAGAAAGCUUGCCAAACGAGAUAUUUCUUGGCAAACUUUGAUAGUUUAAUAUGCUAGAAAAUGUCUGCCACCUUUCCCCAUCCGGUUGCUGUAUUAAAUUCUUGUCCCGGAAGCUGUCUGAAGUCUGCCUUGGCGUAGGUUUCGUCGUCCACUAUCACGCAAUCAAACUUUGUCAACAAUGUCGUAUACAGCUUCCGAGAUCUUGUUUUUGCCUUCUUAUAAGUCGAUAGUCCGGAUCGUUUUGAAGCUUCAUGCACGGUUGUAGACGAUAUUCACAACUUAUUGGCGACAUCUCGAACGGAGAGAUUGGAGUUUCGCUUCAAAGUGCUAUAGCCACUCUUCUGUUCGAUACUGCGGCUCCCGGAUUUCGAUUUCCCCCAGAUCCCGGCUUCCUAUUUGUCGAAAUACGCUCCCCGAACACUUUUAUUACUUUGGUGACGUGUUGUUUGGAUUUUCACGAUGCAUGUACAAAAUUCUGAUUCGUAGCUUCUUCUUCUUGCUUGGACGCCAUUUUGAAAACUAUACCUAAUGUCGAAAGCCAAAUAGGCGAUGGGCGCGCUCGUAAUCCCGGUAUACGAUUUCUCAUUUGUUGAACAGAGAGAGCAAUAGCCUUCACUCCAGUUUCACUCCGAUUAGCUGUCAUUCUUAUGGAAAUCUGUGUAAGAGUAAAGGGCAAGCUUUAUUCUUUUUAGCAGGCCCAAGGCCAAUAGAAGCAUCAUUCUAUACUCACACACACCUAAAACAUGAGGGGCGUUCAAGUUGUUUAUAUGAAUGAUUAGAAAAAAUACGGCGAAUUUAAGUUGACCACUUUUUGAUCCGAACAUUCUUUCAAUAAGAACUUAAGUUUUUAGCUGAGUAGAAUGCUAUUCAACCAAAAACGCAGAGCUGAAUAAGCUUCUAAGAAACCGUCCUAAGGAACUUUUGAUAACUUUUGAUAGACUG